AUGUCCGCAUUUCAAAACAGAAAUACUCGGAAACCUUACACUCGGCCAACCAAUACCGAUGGUCAGUGGUUGCACGACAAGGCCCCUGGUCUGCCCGGCGUCAAACGGGUGCCUGCCACUUUCGCCACACCCAAUUCCAAGAUCGUCGUAUCAAACCUGCACUACGAGAUUACGCCUAAAGACCUGGCCUCAAUUUUUGGCCAAUUUGGCACGCUCGUGCGCGAGCCGUUACUCAGGUACGACCGCAGUGGACGCUCCACAGGGACCGCCUUUAUUUCCUUCGAAACGCCAGAGGAAGCAACGAUAGCCAAAAAGACAUUUGAUGGCAAAGAUGCCAAAGGCCAAGCCAUGUCGAUAACCUUCGACACGCUACCGCCCCGGAACCCAAGACGUGCAACAAGCGCACCAACAACGUCGACUCUUCUUAGCAGGAUCCAGAAGCCUCCCCUUUUGGACCGCCUCGGUGUGGACGAACCCAACCCCAAGGAAUCUGGCUCUGGUCCUGUUCGGUCGAAACGUGCUCGCAAAGCUGCAGCAAAAGGUCCCAAAAAGCCCAAGACUACUGAGGAUUUGGACAAGGAGCUUGAUGCGUUCAUGGGCGACGCAGAGCCGGCGGCGGCACCGGCAAAGGAAACACCUGCUCAGGAUGUAGAGAUGGCAUAG